CCUUGUUGUAUAUAAUCAGGUAAGAGCAAUGGUAAUUAUAAAUCCCGAAAAUCCUACUGGACAGUGUCUUAGUGAAGCUAAUUUGAAAGAAAUUUUACGGUUCUGUUACCAAGAAAACUUAGUCUUGCUCGGGGAUGAAGUUUAUCAGCAGAACAUUUACCAGGAUGAGCGCCCCUUCAUAAGCACAAGAACGGUUCUGUUGGACAUGGGCCCACCCAUAAGCAAGGCGGUCCAGCUUGUUUCUUUUCAUACUGUGUCCAAAGGAUAUUGGGGUGAAUGUGGACAGCGCGGUGGAUACUUUGAGAUGACUAACAUUCCUCCACAGGUUUGCCUUGCUGUGAUUUGCUAAUGUCUUCCAUAUGAUUCUUCAAUUGCAAGCUAGUCUCUCUUCUUUCUCUCUCUCUCUCAGAGAAAGAUUUUUUUCUUUUAGAAAGCAAAGAUUGUUUAGGAAAGGCAUCGAAAGGAGAUGCCAUCUGUAUACAAAGGGAAAAAAAGAAGA